GACGAUCUGCCACCGCCCUACCGAUUUUAAUUAGAAUAGUAGAACCUAUCUCGCAACUCAUGCGAUGGCGAGAAGACCACCACAUCGUUUCACUCCACCUCACUUCACAGCCCCGUCGCCUCCAAACGUCGGCCACCACUCCCGAGAGUCCUCCUCCACGAGGUUCUCUGGCUCACUCAAGCAUAGAUAUGUGAAGAUCUUCAACGCUGCUCAAGAGAUGGCGCGGGAUACGGUGACAACCCUUUUUAGGUGGUCGGAGCGAGUGUAAUUCAAGUAUUUUGCCGGAGAAAGUAUGUCGGUCGGAAAAAGGAAGAGAGUUGUAUUUAUUGUAGGAUUUAAAUUUUAAAAAAGCAUGUAUUUAAUAUGGGUUUUAAUUCCCAAUCUAUAAUUAAUACAAAAAAUUUUAUUAAUAAAAUUAUUUUUUUGAC